GUCAAAAAGAUUUUAAAAUAUUUCUCAAAUCAAAUCUUAAAUCACAGUGACAUUACUCAGUAAUUUACAAUAGCAAGUACUAUUUUUAUUUAUUAAAAGGAUGAAGGCUUAUUAAUAAUAAAGUGCUGUUAUUUUAAUAGAAAUAAAUAUGUUUCUACACGAAAGAAUUUGCCAAUGGCUAGGUCAGUUAAAACUAUCUCGAGUAAUUUUUAUGGUAUCAGUGAUAUUAUUUAUCGUGCCUUUAGUAACUCACUACUAUUUGUCUAAGUAUGAAUCAACAUCCAUGUCAUUGGGUUCAAAUAGCAUGCGACACACUUUGGAAGCCCUCGGUGAUUUAUCUACAAUGAAUGUGGUUGAUCUUAAAAUAAGAAUUGAAGAAAUGUUGAGAAUAAAGGCUUCGGUAUCAACGGAGUUGCGAGAAUUGGAAGAACGACGUGGAAAAUUACAAAAAGAAGCUGCAGCAGCAAGUGCUAAAGCGGACAGCGUUAAGGCUGAGUACGCACGGGCUACGGCCGAACUGCAAAGGUUGCGUGUGUCAGCGGACCAAGCACGCCUUGCGCAGUUGGAAGCGAUCCGACGGGAUUCUCCUGAACUUGCUCCCCCUACACAAAUUCUUCCCGUGAAGCCUCCGUCGAUUCUACCGCCUAUUAGUUCAAGUUCCGAAGGGCAUUGUCGUAUGCAUUCCUGCUUUGAUCAUUCACGUUGUUCUUUAACGUCCGGUUUUCCAAUAUAUUUUUACGAUCCUGACAUUCAUAACCCGCUCGCUAGCGCUGAGGUCGACGGAUUUCUGAAAACAACUUUACGUCAAACACUUACCUACAAUUCACACCUAACGCAAAACCCUAAUGAAGCAUGUGUUUAUCUCGUUCUUGUGGGAGAAGGUUUUCCGCUCGACAAAAGUCCCUCUUCGACAGCAGACGCAUUUAAGGUGUUGUUGAAUGAGACGGCUAUUAAAAGCUUACCAUAUUGGGGAGGCGAUGGUCGUAACCAUAUUUUACUAAACUUGGCGCGUCGUGAGUUAUCCGUUGGGUCCGGCGAUGCCUUCCAUACCGCGUCAACGGGAAGAGCAAUGAUCGCCCAAUCCACGUUUACUUUACAACAGUUUCGACCAGGUUUCGAUAUUGUAAUGCCCCCGGCUCUCGGGCCUCCGGGAGGAGACGUGUGGGCAGAUUGUGCUCCUUUAGCACCAGCGAGACGUAAAUACAUACUGAGUUUUCAGGGCUCACAGACGCCAACACCGCCGGGAAUGGAUAAAGACGAUGAUAAAAAUCUAAUCGAAUCUCUCCAAAAGGCAGCAAAAUCGGCACCAUCUUCAGAUGUAUUUUUCUUACAGUUUGAGUGUGAUCCGCCCAUAGAAAGGCGAGCAGUUAUACCGAUAGGGGAUUGGGCGCUCUGCGGUACAGAUCGCUCGCGACGAUCCAUUUUACGCGAUUCUACAUUUGGUUUGAUACUUGCUCCUGCUGAUAGCAAUUAUGCUACAACAGCCCUUUUACAGGCGAGAUUAUAUGAGGCGUUACGAUCGGGUGCUAUUCCGGUAGUCCUCGGUGGGGAUCGGAUUCGUCUUCCGUAUGACGAGGUACUAGAUUGGCGAAGAGCCACCAUAUUAUUACCGAAGGCUCGCGUAACCGAGUUGCAUUUCCUCCUCCGAGCGCUGUCUGAUGCAGAUUUACUGGCGUUUCGAAGACAGGGCCGUGUAUUAUGGGAGCGAUAUUUAAGUUCGGUGCAAUCAAGUAUGGAUUCGUUACUUGCGACGAUACGAAUGCGCUUAAACAUACCGGCACGCCCGGCGUUAGCCAUUACGGGUUCACCUGCGUUCAACGAUUCGUACUAUCCACCAAAACUUGAGCCGCCAGCCGUAGACACUGAGCCGGAAGAAACUCUCGGACCGUUAGAAGCGCCUUACCCCAGUCCAGCAUAUCGGCGAAACUACUCACUCUCUCUGCUGCAUGGAUACGAGUUGUGGAACGAAUGGGGCGAACCGUUUGCUCUGUACCCACAGCUGCCAUGGGACCCACCAGUGACGUCCGAAGCUAGGUUUAUGGGUUCGGCGGCCGGUUUUAGACCCAUCGGUGCUGGCGCAGGUGGUUCUGGGAAGGAGUUUAGUGAGGCUCUAGGUGGCGAUCGUGCGCGAGAACAGUUUACAAUAGUCAUUUUGACUUAUGAACGAGAAGCAGUUUUAGCUGCGGCUUUAGCAAGAUUACGAGGGUUACCGUAUUUGAAUAAGGUGGUGGUGGUGUGGAACGGCGUGAGCGCGCCGACGGCGGCGCAGCCGUGGCCCGAGGCGGGCGCGCCGGUGGCCGUGGUGCGCGCGCCGCGCAACUCGCUCAACAACCGCUUCCUGCCCUACCACGUCAUCGACACCGAGGCCGUGCUCUGCGUCGACGACGACGCGCAUCUGCGCCACGACGAGAUCGUCUUCGCCUUCAGAGUAUGGCGUGAACAUCGAGACCGCAUAGUUGGCUUUCCUGGGAGAUAUCAUGCCUGGGAUCUUAAUUUCAAUAACGGCUUCCUCUACAAUUCAAAUUACAGCUGCGAGCUGAGCAUGGUGCUGACGGGCGCGGCCUUCGUGCACCGCUACUACCUGUGGGCCUACUGGCGCGCGCUGCCGGCCGCCGUGCGCGACUACGUGGACGAGUACAUGAACUGCGAGGACAUCGCCAUGAACUUCCUCGUCGCGCACCUCACCAGGAAGCCGCCCGUCAAGGUGACGUCUCGCUGGACGUUCCGCUGCCCGGGCUGUCCCGUCACGCUGUCUGCUGAUGAAACACAUUUCCAUGAAAGGCAUAAAUGUAUACAGUUUUUCUCACAGGUGAUGGGCUACACGCCUCUACUAUCGACGCAGUAUCGCGCUGAUUCCGUGCUAUUUAAAACGAGAAUACCUCACGAUAAACAGAAAUGUUUUAAAUUUAUAUAAUUUACAUAACUUUGAAUUGACAUUUUUAUUUACAUUCAACUUAUAUUUUAUACAGAUUCUUUAUUUUAGCAAAUUAAAAUCAGGAAUCAAGAUCGCUUUUUACAAUUCGGGUGUUACAUAUUUUUUUACAUAAUACCAUAAGUUCAUAUAAUUUAUACAAGUUAAAACAUAGCAUUUUUAAGUUAAAUGUAACUUAGAACAAAUUCGAAUUAAGUUGCGUCACGAGGUUUUUAUUAUUUUAAAUUUUACAAUAUUAAUUUUAUUACAUAAUGUAUUUUUUUGAACCUUUUUGGUCGUACAGUUUUUAUUAAAAACUUAAUCAAAAUAAUGUAUAUAUUGUACAGCUUUAUAGUUAGGGAAUAUGCACAGAUGUAUAAUAAUAGAUAUUCUAUGAAAUCUCAGUAUAAUUGGUAUACAUGUAAUGAUUUGCUUUUUAAUUUUUGUGUUGUUUUUUGAUUAAUUUCAUUUUAUUUUGUAAAAAUGUAUAACAAGCAGCUCAAAUACUGUAAGCAAUUAAUAGAAAAAAAAAAACUGUAUUUGGAGAAAAUAAUUGUUUUGUAAUUCGAAUUAAUGUCAGUGAAAUCAAUAUUACAUACCAGUAUUAGUAACACGUUAUUCAUAUGCUGUAAGUAAAGUUACAAGUGCCCACAAAUGCCCCACAGUUGGGUAAGAGCUACGUCAUCUCUAAAGCAAAAGUUUGGUAUUUAUUUAACCAUGCUACUCCAAUUUCUGAAUACACGUGUGGACUCGAUAUUUUCAUUUACUGCUGACCACAAAAUGGAUUUUGAUAACACGAUAAGUACAUGAAAAGACUGGGUAUUUCCGCGUGUUCUAUGCAUUACGCCAUUUUAACUUGCAGUACAUGUAAUAUAUUUUUGUAUUCAAUAGUUACAAUUACAGAAAGUGAAUAAUCUUUAUAUUUUUACGUGGACAUCUCAUAACAUUUUUUUUUCAUAUAAGGCAUUUUUUUAUUUGUGAUCGAAGUUUUAAACGCACUUGAGUUGAUAAUCAUAUGGCUCUAAUGUAUUUAAAUGUAAACAACAAAAAACCUUAAAUAUGUUAGUGAAAUGGUGACUAUUUGUUGAAGUAAAACUUCUUUGGACGCGAUGAGUCGUCCGCUCAUCGAGUACGGUCGCAUUAAGCGCCACGUUGCUGUAUGUAACGUCGAGUGAAUCGUUUCUGACUUCAGUCAGGUUUCAUACUUGUAAAUUAAAUUAAAUAUGAAUUCACCGGUGCACUAGAAGUGCUGUUAGCUGGUACGCAUUUGUUAGUCAAAUAAAAGUUUUUCUUUUGUAAAUUAGAGCAAUACAGAGUUUUAACUUUGGUCUAGUGAAUCUGUAAGACUGACUUGUUAUUGUCUUAUGUACUUUAGUCUUAACUUGUAAGUAUAUGUUUUGUCCAAAGAGGUUCUGCAUAUUUGUAAUUGACUUUGUGUUUGUUGGUGAUGUUUCCGGUGUACACAAUCUCUAAUUUUGACAGGCUAAUAUUGCUAUCUCUUUCUGAUAUGUGGGAUUAUAAAGGAUAGCUAGUCGUUUAGUUCUUAAAUUUCGAGAUUGUGUAGAUCAGUAGCCGUAUCAGUGUGUGUUUUUGUAUUAUGUUGGUUCUAAUAAAAAAAUAAAAAUA